GGAAACAAUAUAUUGAAGAAAACUGACUCCAUACCUGCUAUCACAACCGUCUUCCUUGGCCACCCCACUACAGACCACCGUCUGCAAAAUUCCCAGCACUGCCGCAAGCCCGCGAAAGUGAUCUUCUUCAAAUUCGAGAAGGUCAACAUCCAAGAAUCCAACCAAGUUUUGAAGGAGGAGAGAAGCAAAGGCCUUCCUUAGUUGUGCCUUCGAGAUAUCAAAGAGCACAUUUCAAGCUCUCCAGUAGGUUUCUGAUGUAUUAUGAAGGGUUUAUCUCCGCUUCUUGACAUGACAAUAUACGUACAUGGAGACUUGUGUUAUAGAAUGGUAGAUUCAACUUGCUGGAUUCUCCCUUGCAAGUGCACCGUCCAAUUAAAAGGUUCACCUACCAAAAGGAGUAGCGCCAUUUAUACAAAUUUCUGAAAAUGAUUUUUUAGGCCUAAAACGACAUAAACUGAAAGAAGAUGAUAUUGCCAUUUGCGAGUGCAUGUAUGAUGGAAUCAAUCCUGAAAGUGCAUGUGGAGAAACGUGUUUAAAUGUACUAACCAGCAUAGAGUGCACAGCUGGGUACUGCCCUUGCGGGGAACAUUGCAGGAAUCAGAAAUUUCAGAAAUGUGAAUAUGCAAGAACUAAGUUGUUUAAAACUGAAGGGCAUGGUUGGGGGCUUCUAGCUGAUGAGAUUAUAAAGGCUGGACAGUUCAUCAUUGAGUAUUGUGGAGAAAUAAUCUCAUUAGAAGAAGCUAAGCAAAGGUCCCAAAAUUAUGAAGCUCAAGGUAUUAAAGAUGCAUACAUAAUUUCUCAAAGUGCAAGUUGUUUAAUUGACGCUACGAAGAAAGGAAGCCUAGCAAGAUUUAUAAAUCAUUCAUGUCAACCAAAUUGUGAGACCAGAAAGUGGGUUGUGCUGGGGGAAACAAGGGUUGGGAUAUUCGCAAAAAAAGAUAUUUCUGUGGGAACUGAACUUUCAUAUGACUAUAAUUAUGAAUGGUAUGGUGGAGCCACUGUUCGCUGUCUGUGUGGGGCUGCUAACUGUUCUUUAUUUCUCGGUGCAAAGUCCCGUCAUUUCCAGGAGUAUAGCCAUGUAUGGGAAGAUGGUGAUGACAGAUAUAUGGCUGAAAAUAUUCCACUCUAUGGCUCUGAUGAGGAUGAUCAUUCAAUGAUGAUGGGUGGUACGGAGGGAUCUGAAAACAAAUUGGAGAUUGGUAGUAGUAAGAGAUCGAGUUCUGUACUUCCUGUGGCAGCAAAUUCAGUGGAUGCUAAAAGCUUCGAGGCAGCAAAACAAGUUUUAGAAGACACAGCAAAAGCUUUUUCACUGAAUUUUAACAUUGGCACGGGUUCAACUUCAACGAAAAAAUCACAGCAUACUUCCAAGGGAAAGGCAAAAGUUUCUGGUAGGAAGCAAGUCAGAGACAAAUCUGUUACUAAACUAUUAGUAUCAAAGGAAGCACAGGCCGAAGUAGCCGAAUAUGAGGAAAUAAAAAAUAAAGCCACAGCCGAUCUAAAUUCCUUGUAUGAUGAAAUACGUCCUGCCAUUGAAGAAGGCAAGUGGGACAGUCAGGAAGGUGGAACUACCAGUGUAUCAGAAAAAUGGAUAGAUGCAACCUGCGCAAAGUAUGAAGCAGAUUUUGACUUCCAUUUCUCCAUUAUCAAGAAUUUCUUGUGCCCCAAAAAGCCAGCUGGAGACGAAGCCAGGUCUUCAGCAGGGGGGAUUGCCAGAAGAAAUUGAAAUAAUGCACAAAUUACAGUUUUCAUUUCUGCACUCCAAGAAUGUAGCUUGAAUUUUUAUUUUCUAGUAAGGACGUGGAAAAUUCUAUCUUUGAGACUUGAGACGGUUAAAUGCAAUUGUUGAACUCAUCCUGUAUUGGUUUAUUGCCUGUUUAAUGGUGUUGGGAUUAACCUUUUCCUUCCCUUCGCUUUUCUGUUUUACUUUUCGUUUCUUUUUAUUUGAAUCAAGGAGUGUAAUGAUAUUUUUCUUAUAAUAUUUGACUGUGUAAUGGUCAAAAAAGAGUUUCCGCUUA